CCUGUAAAAGCGAUAUUCCGGUAAGUUUCAUAUGGCUGCCGAUGGCACGGUGCAUAGGUUGUGCGUGUGCACUGCGCUACACCGAACGUUGUUGUGCGGCAAGCAUGCUUUUUCAUAGGAUUGGCCGCUGGUGGCUGGCGACCUGCCACCCCGGUUUCCGGGAAGGGUCGAUAUCAGCCCCCCAGUAUUAAUACAUAUGAAAGUAGGGCUGGUAGGAUUAUUUCUGUCGUCAACGCUUUGUGUUUUGUUCAAUCGUUCAAUCUGCAGUCUUUUUGUUCCGGUCGCUGUCGGAUCUUCUUGAGAUCUUUGUGUCGGGCCAAUUGCAGCACGUCGUUCUUUGCGCGAUCACAGUCCACAUUCGUUCACCAUGAGAAGCUCAAUAGUAAUUCAGCUGAGUACGCUGUCGGUGGGUGUACUCGGUGGUGUAGUGCCAGGACCGUAUUAUGUCAAUAGUACUACCACUAUCGGAACACCACGGCCACACGUACAUGCUCCUGGACUACCAACACCACCGACUACCCUGUCGACGUCAAUAUCAGAUUCCAGCACAGCCAUCGUCGCCCCCUACCCGACCUCAUCGUCAAAUACAUCUGUUGUCGAUGUUUCUCCCUCUUCAUCAACUGCAUACGCAGUCUCCAGCUCCUCCCCAGAAGCAUCAACAGUGACGCUGUCAGUAUCAAGUUCGCUCAAUGUUACCACACAAAAUGCCACACUCAUCUACUCGCCACUUGUAAGCUCAGCAACCGUCACCUCACCUUCGUCAAUCCCCACUUCAGAGUAUCCUCCCGUGGUAGUGAUAGUCGUCGCCGAAACGGUGUAUGCCACAGCACAACAACCAAAUUCGACUUUUGCUUACAACGCGACGCUUCCGACGGCAACGAUUUCGGAUUGCUUAACUACUCUUCCAGCAUCCGCAAAUCAGAGCUCUCCCAGUGUUGUGCCUUCGUCUGCUACCGUCAGCAGUAUUCUUCCUGGCCUAGCUCUGGCUGCUGAAAUCGGCAUAGGUGAGGAGCUGGCUAGCUCCAGCAUCGAUCUUGGGCUUCUGUCGUCUAUCCUCCUCCCAGAUAGCUCAACCAUAAAUCUCGGACUUCUGUCAUCCAUCCUCCUAUCCGAGGUGACUCAGCGAUCAGUUGGGACGACCUAUACGACCACUACGACGACCGUUAUCUUUACUCCAACCCCCCUAGUUCCUUCUCCGUCAAGCACCAACCCAAGUAUAUCGGGGACGACAACAACGACCGUGGUUGCGCCCACCACCGCAUCCCCAUCCGCGUCGAUAGCUUCACCGACUUCGACGUCAACAAGCGACUCGGUUGUGCCGUCGUCAUCUGAAGUAGAGUCGAGGUCAACCUCGCCAUCAGAACCGCCAUCCACCAUCCUCUCGACAGUCACAGUCACGAUUCCAACACCAUCAUCUCCAUCUAGCACCGAAUCCAACACGGAAUUUCCCACGGCACCACCAUUCUCAUACAACCCCUCCGCCUCCCGUGGCUCUGCACCUCCCAUCUCACGCCCUACACCCGAGCCCUCUAGCGCGAACGUCGCUGGUUCGACGCUCAGCACUGCCGCCACACCUACCUCAACGAGAAUCUCACAAUAUGGCACCGGUGUUCCGCCUGCGCCCAGUGCGGCGGGCGCAUCGGGUGUUUUGAGUGAGAGGAACAAAGAGAGGGUUUGGUGGGUGGCUUUCUUCGGUGUAGCGAGCGUAUUCCUUCAUUAGCGACAUGGCCUUCUUUUUCUAAUUUCCCUCAUUACCGUUAUGAGCGAGAUGUUUUACGCGAGAGAGAACGAUGACUUUACGAUUCUUAUGUUAUUAUUACGAUUGUUACUUUAAUGUUUUUAAGGUUAAUUGGCUAUCAAGGGAAGCAAGAGGAGGAUAUACCAGGUACGCGAUUGACACGGCGUUCGAAGGAGAGUUAGAACUUUUGGGUGUGGUUUUCGGUUAAGGGAUGCAUUGAGAUCGUUCUGACAUAGAAUUCUACAAACGAGAGCGACAAAGAUAUCAAAGUGGGAUUAGUGAGAAGGUGCUCGGCCGCGGUCAACGUCGAGAUCUUUGAAUAUUAUAUAAUG